CCUCCUCCUCGCCCGCGGCCCGGCCCCGAGUGCGGCGCGGCCCCCGCAUGAGCCCUGGCGGCAGUGGCGGCGGGAGCGCCCGGGAGCAGCAGCCGAGGUGCCCAGAGUGGUGAAGAAUUAGGAGAAGCUGCAGUUGUUCAGCUGAGUGGAACUAAAUGGGAGGCUUCCUUCUGGACCCUCACUUCACUGUCUUAGGUACAAGAACUGUAGAAGUCCAUUUUAGGAUUUGAAAGAGCAAGAUUCUGCAGCUCUGGAGAGAUAUGCCAUGGAAGUAAUCAGCUGGGGUGGUCCCAGGGCGCUCUGGGCACGAGUAUUGCUGAGUGAUCAUUGGCUGCCACCUGCGUGACAAAGUAAAGGACCAACCCUUCAAUUUAUACCAGUGGAGCCAGAUCACGGGAAACAAUUGACAGAAUUGUUAAGCUUAUGCUUAGCCCAGCGUGAUACAGGACUCGGUUGUGCGACAACUCGGUUUUGAUCAGUGACUCAAAAUUGUGAUCACCCUGAUGUCACCGAAUGGCCACAGCUUGUAAAAGAUCACCAGGAGAACCGCACUCUGAGAACAUUGAAACUAGCCGAAUGAAGCGAGCAGCUGCAAAGCAUCUAAUAGAGCGCUACUACCACCAGUUAACCGAGGGCUGUGGAAAUGAAGCCUGCACGAAUGAAUUUUGUGCUUCCUGUCCAACUUUUCUCCGUAUGGAUAACAAUGCAGCAGCCAUUAAGGCCCUCGAGCUUUAUAAGAUUAAUGCAAAACUCUGUGAUCCUCAUCCCUCCAAGAAAGGAACGAGCUCAGCUUACCUAGAAAACAAUUCCAAAGGUGCCCAUAACAAUUCCUGCACUGACAGAAAAAUGAACAAGAAGGAAAUGCAAGGCCCAAGAGAUGACUUUAAAGAUGUGACUUUUCUAACAGAAGACAAGAUAUAUGAAAUUCUUGAACUAUGUAGAGAAAAAGAGGAUUAUUCCCCUUUAAUCCGGGUGAUUGGGAGAGUGUUUUCUAGUGCUGAAGCACUGGUACAGAGUUUCCGAAAAACUAAGCAGCACACCAAGGAAGAGCUCAAGUCUCUUCAAGGAAAGGAUGAAGAUAAAGAUGAAGAUGAAAAGGAAAAAGCUGCCUGUUCGGCUGCUGCUAUGGAAGAGGAUUCUGGUGCAUCAUCAUCUUCAUCAUCAAGAAUAGGUGAUAACACCCAGGGAGAUAAUAACCUCCAAAAACUAGGCCCAGAUGAAGUGUCUGUAGAUAUUGAAGCAGUCAGGCGGGUCUAUGAUAGGUUACUUUCUAAUGAAAAAAUAGAAACUGCCUUCUUAAAUGCACUUGUCUACUUGUCACCUAAUGUGGAAUGUGACUUGACUUACCAUAAUGUGUACUCUCGGGAUCCUAACUAUCUGAAUUUGUUUAUCAUCGUUAUGGAGAAUGGCAAUCUUCAUAGCCCAGAAUAUCUGGAAAUGGCUCUACCGUUGUUUUGCAAAGCAAUGAGCAAACUACCCCUUGCAGCUCAAGCAAAACUGGUCAGAUUGUGGUCUAAGUACAGAGCAGAUCAAAUUCGGAGAAUGAUGGAAACAUUUCAGCAGCUUAUUACUUACAAAGUCAUAAGCAACGAGUUCAAUAGUCGUAACCUAGUGAAUGAUGAUGAUGCUGUUGUUGCUGCUUCAAAGUGCUUGAAAAUGGUUUACUAUGCAAAUGUAGUAGGAGGGGAUGUGGAUACAGAUCAUAAUGAAGAGGAAGAUGAGGAGCCCAUCCCAGAAUCAAGUGAACUAACUCUUCAAGAGCUGUUGGGUGAGGAAAGAAGAAAUAAAAAAGGUCCUCGAGUGGACCCACUGGAAACUGAACUAGGUGUUAAAACUAUAGAUUGCAGAAAACCACUUAUCCCUUUUGAAGAAUUUAUUAAUGAACCACUGAAUGAUGUUCUAGAAAUGGACAAAGACUACACUUUCUUCAAAGUAGAAACAGAGAAUAAAUUCUCAUUUAUGACCUGUCCCUUUAUAUUGAAUGCUGUUACCAAGAACCUGGGAUUGUAUUAUGACAAUAGGAUCCGGAUGUACAGUGAAAGACGCAUAACUGUGCUCUACAGCUUAGUUCAAGGGCAGCAGCUCAACCCGUAUUUGCGGCUGAAAGUGAGACGCGAUCACAUCAUCGAUGAUGCGCUUGUCCGGCUAGAGAUGAUUGCCAUGGAAAAUCCUGCAGACUUGAAGAAGCAAUUGUAUGUUGAAUUUGAAGGAGAGCAAGGGGUAGAUGAAGGAGGUGUUUCCAAAGAAUUUUUUCAGCUGGUUGUGGAAGAAAUCUUCAAUCCAGAUAUCGGGAUGUUCACAUAUGAUGAAUCUACAAAACUGUUUUGGUUUAAUCCGUCCUCUUUUGAAACCGAGGGUCAGUUUACCCUGAUUGGCAUAGUACUGGGACUGGCUAUUUACAACAACUGUAUACUGGAUGUACAUUUCCCCAUGGUUGUCUACAGAAAGCUAAUGGGCAAAAAAGGAACUUUCCGUGAUCUGGCAGACUCUCAUCCUGUUCUGUAUCAGAGUUUGAGAGACUUACUAGAGUAUGAAGGAAGUGUGGAAGAUGAUAUGAUGAUAACGUUUCAGAUAUCUCACACGGAUCUCUUUGGCAAUCCAAUGAUGCAUGAUUUAAAGGAAAACGGUGAUAAAAUUCCCAUUACGAAUGAAAACAGAAAGGAAUUUGUCAAUCUCUAUGCUGACUACAUACUCAAUAAAUCAGUAGAAAAGCAGUUCAAGGCCUUUCGGAGAGGAUUCCACAUGGUGACCAAUGAAUCUCCUUUGAAAUAUUUAUUUAGACCAGAGGAAAUUGAAUUACUUAUUUGUGGAAGUAGGAAUUUAGAUUUUCAAGCACUAGAAGAAACUACAGAAUAUGAUGGUGGCUAUACAAGAGACUCUCUUAUUAUUAGGGAAUUCUGGGAAAUAGUCCAUUCAUUUACAGAUGAACAGAAAAGACUAUUCUUACAGUUUACAACAGGCACAGACAGAGCCCCUGUGGGAGGACUUGGAAAGUUAAAGAUGAUCAUAGCCAAAAAUGGCCCAGACACAGAGAGGUUACCUACAUCUCACACAUGCUUUAAUGUACUUUUGCUUCCGGAGUACUCAAGCAAAGAAAAGCUUAAAGAAAGAUUAUUGAAGGCCAUCACAUAUGCCAAAGGAUUUGGCAUGCUGUAAUAAGUAAAACAAAAGGGAUUAAAAAAUGAUGGUGAUGAUGUCCCUGUCCAAAAAGGCCAUAAGAUAGUGAGCUAUAGUAGUCACCUGUGUUUGUGCCUCCCUUCUUUACCGGGGACAUUGGGCUGGAACAGCAGAUUUCAGCUGCUUAUAUGAACAAAAUCUUUAUUUUUUCUUUUAGCGUGAAAGUGUUACAUAUUCUUUCACUUGUAUGUACAGAGAGGUUUUCCUGAAUAUUUAUUUUAAGGGUUAAAUCACUUUUGCUUGUGUUUAUUACUGCUUGAAGUUGAGCCUUUUUGAGUAUUUACAAGAAAACAAACUGUACUCUCCCAAGGAAAAUAUUGCCAUCAUUUGUAGACCAUGUAACCUUCAAGUAUGUGCUAUAUUUUUGUCCCUGUAUCUAAUCAAAUCAAGAACUGUACUUUUUGAAGAGUUUGCUUUUGAAACUUGAAGUCUUGAAAAACAGUGUGAUGCAAUUACUGCUGUUCUAGCCCCCAAAGAGUUUCUGUGCAAAACCUUAAGAAUCAAUAAAGAUGGAAGGGAGAACUUGGAAUGUUAAAUUGCAGCCUUGAGAACUUUACUUUAGUCACAGCACAACAAUUAAAAUUCAUUUCACUAUA